GCGCUCCAAGGCCAAGGCCGAGCGCGAGGCGUCCCCCGCCGACCUCCCCAUCGACCCCAACGAGCCCACGUACUGCCUGUGCAGCCAGGUGUCCUACGGGGAGAUGAUCGGCUGCGACAACGACGAGUGCCCCAUCGAGUGGUUCCACUUCUCGUGCGUGGGGCUCGGCCACAAACCCAAGGGCAGGUGGUACUGCCCCCGGUGCCGCGGGGAGAGCGAGAAGACCAUGGACAAGGCCCUGGAGAAGUCCAAGAGGGAGCGGGCGUGCAGCCGGUAG